GCUUUCGUCGUAUGUGCAUUCACAUCAGUCAUUUAUAUUAGAGGCAUCUUUACAAUUGGAUUCGUACUAACAAAUCUUUUCCUCAUUUGCACUAUGUUUACGAAUUAUAUGUCUUUAUUAAACAGUACUACAUCGUCGUCGUUGUCAUCAUCAUCUUUCUUCUCUUCAUCUACCAUACAAUGGCAUUGUAUUUUAGGUUGUUUACUUGUUACCAGUUCGCUUUUGUUUGUUUCAAUUUGUUCAAUAUUCAAGCGUAUACCAGUUUGUAAAUUUGUUAUCAUUGUUAUUCUGUAUACUUCUGUGUUCUUCAUCUCUUCUCUGCCAAUUCUUACUAAGCUUUCAACAAAAACACUUGAUAAUGGGAAACAAAUAUUUCCUACAAAUUCAUUCAAAUCACGUAUUAUUUAUGAUGCAGAGAACAAUGUAUCUCCAACAUGGUUGUAUUAUGUGUUUAUCAUGCUGAAAUCGAAUUGUUGUGGAAAAUCUCUUUAUUCUUCUAGCGUAGAUUGCAAUUCCAAGUCUGUUUGUCUGUCACCAAGUUUCUAUUCAUCUUUUACAAAUGGUAAUAACUAUCAUUUGUCGACGAUUGUUUCAGAGUUCACCUGUCAACAUACAAUGACACUAAUAACUUAUUCUUGUAGUCUAUCCUGCGUGUAUGCUCUUCUCUUAUUGUAUUGUUUAUAUAUUACAGAAACCCAUAAGUCAUUUAUAACAAGUAUUACUGAAGAAAUUGAAUUAUAUAGACUUGGACCAGUUGAAUAUAUUAUGUUUCAUUGGAGUCGAUUGGAUGUUCCACAGAUUUUAAUCUAUUUUUGGUCAUUCAAAGUAAUGUCAGUGAUUAUCUUAGGUCCUCUUUAUUGGAAAAUUAUACCAGUCAGUAGUGGUGCCAAUCUUAUUGAUAUUUCAGCGAAACUUUUAAAUUCUUCUACAUUGACUGAUUAUUCCAACCAAAACACUAGUGAUCAGUCAACAUUAUCUGUACUCAUAACAAGACUGUGUGUUGGUCUAUUUGUACAUGGCUCAGAGACUUGGCUGUCAGUGUUUGGUGCAGCGGCAUUUUUCAGUGUACUAGCUACUAUGCUUGUUUCGUUGUUGGUAUUUCUGUUGGAUCCAUCUGGUGACGGUACAGCCCAACUAGCAGUGGCAGCUGCAGACGCUCCAGCAGAUCCUCAUGCUUGGAAUGCAAUCGAAGAUCCAGCCUUAGCAUUAGAUCAAAAUGAUGUUAUUGCCGUCGAGUUACUAGCUGGUACUGGAUGGAAUUGUGCUGCUGUAUUCUUAUUUUUAGCCUUUCAGUCAGAUAUGCCUAAUCUCCCACCAGUUUAUCGUGCAUCAUGUUGCAUAUAUGGGAUUAUGGUAAUUGUAAUCACAUGUAUUCAUCCUGUUCAAGCUUUGAUUAAAUCAUUUCUUCUACGUCUUGGAAUACCUGGACAAGAGACUAGUUGGCUAGCACAUGUACGACCUUUGUGUUUUUGUAUUGUACUAGUUUUAGUUGCCUUUAGUAUUUUCACUCAUAUACCUAAAAUAUUGACACAUGAAAGAAUUGAAUAUAACAGUAGAAUGAAUGAAAGUGAAAAUGCAACCUUUACAGUGAUUUUAUCACAUCUUGGCUCAUCGGAAGAAGCAAUACGCGCAAGACAAUUGAGAGUAUUUUUAAGUGGUUGCCAGUUAUUACUCAGUAUUAUAGUCACUCUAAUUGAAUAUUCUGUUUAUCAAUACUUUCGCCGAUUCCCUGAUUGGACAGGUUUUCGACCAAUGUUAUUCUGGACAAAAGCUAUCAGUUCUGUACUUGACUACAUAAUUUCUUUAUUGUCUUUCCUGACAGUAUGUUGGUUAUUGUUCUAUGACUCAAUUGGUGUUUGUCGUCUUUUUAUUAUUUGUUGCUAUCUGGUGUUUGUUCUUUACCCAUCAGCACAUAGGGCUUAUACAUGGAUACGAUGGAGGUUAUCAUUCAAAAAGCAAAUGAACAAUCUAAACAGUCCUACUGAUGAUGAUCUUAAAGUUUUUGGUGAUACAUGUCCAAUAUGUUAUACUCAAAUGACAACACAAACGGCUAAAAUUACUAGAUGUGGUCAUCUUUAUCAUACUGAUUGUCUGGUAGAAUGGAUGAAACGUCAAUUAUUCUGUCCAAUGUGUCAUGCAGAUCUAUUGUCGACUAGAGUUACAAAUAGACGAGUUACAGAUCAUCAACAGGUUGAAGAAGACAAUUGACUUGAAUGUUUAGGAUUUCUUUUUCUGAUCACCGAAAUUUUAUAUCAUUACUAUCAUUUUACUAAUUCUCAUAUCAUCCAGAUAUCGAGAAGGAGAGAAAUCGCCUUUCAAUGUUUAUUGUAAAUGAUGUCUGUUCUUCUCUCACUGUGCGUGUAUGUAUGUUCACCUUCUUCAUUGUACUGCUGUACACACUAUUUCAGAUUAUUUUAGAACAUGAAAAGAUACAUGUGAAAUCAUGUAGUUUUCUUUUGUUUUUGUUUGGCAGUUUCGAUUUUCAAACUAUUUUACCUCUAGCGAUGAUGAAAAUAAACAGAACUGAAUCAAAGUGGUUGGUUAUAGAAGUUCCAUGCUUCUCUCCUUCUCCUCUCGUGUAUUUAAUGCAAAGAUCCACCUCAAUGUUUACUUUAUUUAUUCAUUUAUUUAUUUGUUAGAUGAGGUUAUCAAUGUUGGUGUUUUGUUUGUAGGUAAGACGUCUAUGGAAUAAAAUUAUAUAUCACCUUUGAAAAAAUAAAUAAUUCUUAAUAG